AUGGAGUCGAGGGGACCCCCGAGGGUCAAGAACAAGGCGGCCGCGCCGGUGCAGAUCUCGGCCGAGCAGCUGCUGCGCGAGGCCGUCGACCGGCAGGAGGUCGCGCUCGAGGCGCCCUCGCAGCGGUUCGCCGACCUCGAGGAGCUGCACGAGUACCAGGGCCGCAAGCGGCGCGAGUACGAGGACUACGUGCGGCGCAACCGCGUCUCGCUCAAGAACUGGCUGCAGUACGCCCAGUUCGAGCUCGACCAGAAGGAGUUUGCGCGCGCGCGCUCCGUCUUUGAGCGCGCGCUCGACGUCCACCCCAACAACGUCCAGCUCUGGAUCCGCUACGUCGAGGCCGAGAUCAAGAACCGCAACAUCAACCAUGCGCGCAACCUGCUCGACCGCGCGGUCACCCGCCUGCCCCGUGUCGACAAGCUGUGGUACAAGUUUGUCUUUGUCGAGGAGAUGCUCGGCAACGUGCCCGGCACGCGCCAGGUCUUCGACCGCUGGAUGCAGUGGCAGCCCGACGAGGCCGCCUGGGGCGCGUACAUCCGCAUGGAGAGGAGAUACGGCGAGGUGGAGAGGGCGAGAGAGAUCUACCGCGCGUUCACCACGAUCCACCCCGAGCCCAGGAAUUGGAUCAAGUGGGCCAGGUUCGAGGAGGAAGAGGGCACCAGCGACCUGGUGAGGGAGGUGUUCCAGACGGCCAUCGAAUCGCUGGGCGACGACCUGGUCGAGGAGAAGCUCUUCAUCGCCUACGCCCGCUACGAGGCCAAGCUCAAGGACUACGACCGCGCCAGGGCCAUCUACAAGUUCGGCUUGGACAACCUGCCGCGGUCCAAGUCUAUGGUGCUGCACAAGGAGUACACGACGUUCGAGAAGCAGUUCGGCGACCAGGAAGGCGUCGAAGACGUCGUCUUGUCGAAGCGGAGGAGGCAUUAUGAGGAGCAGGUCAAGGAGAACCCCAAGAACUACGACAUAUGGUUCGACUACGCGCGCCUCGAGGAGACGUCGGGCAACGCCGACCGCAUCCGCGACGUCUACGAGAAGGCCGUGGCGCAGAUCCCGCCCACGCAAGAGAAGCGGCACUGGAGGCGGUACAUCUACCUCUGGGUGUUCUACGCCAUCUGGGAGGAGACGGAGGCCAGGAACCCCGAGCGCGCGCGCCAGAUCUACGACACGUGCCUCGGCCUGGUCCCGCACAAGAAGUUCACCUUCGCCAAGGUCUGGCUGCACAAGGCCUUGUUCGAGGUGCGGCAGGGCCAGCUGACCGCGGCGCGCAAGACGCUCGGGCGCGCCAUCGGCAUGUGCCCCAAGGACCGCAUCUUCCGGGGGUACAUCGAGCUGGAGCAGAAGCUGUACGAGUUUGAGCGGUGCCGCACGCUCUACGAGAAGCACGUCAUCUACAACCCGGCCAACUGCGACACGUGGAUCCGGUGGGCCGAGCUGGAGCGCGGGCUCGACGACCUCGACCGCGCGCGCGCCAUCCUCGACAUGGGCGUCGCGCAGCCCGUGCUCGACAUGCCCGAGAUGGUGUGGAAGGCCUACAUCGACUUUGAGGAGGAGGAGGGCGAGUACGAGAAGACGCGCGAGCUGUACGAGCGCCUGCUCGAGAAGGCCAACCACCCCAAGGUGUGGAUCAGCUACGCGCAGUUCGAGAUCAACAUCCCCGAGGAGGAAGCCGGGGAGGAGCAGGAGGAGGAGGAGGAGGAGGAGGAGGCGCCGGUCAGCGAGGAGGCCAAGGCCCGCGCGCGGCGCGUGUUCGAGCGGGCGCACCAGGUCUUCAAGGACCGCGAGGCCAAGGCGGAGCGCGUGGCGAUCCUCAACGCGUGGCUGGCGUUUGAGAAGACGCACGGCGGCGCCGGGGACGUGGACCGCGUCCAGAGGCAGAUGCCGCGCAAGACCAAGAAGAAGCGCCGGCUCGAGGACGACACGUGGGAGGAGUACGUCGACUACGUCUUCCCCGCCGACGACCAGUCGACCAAGAACCUGUCGAACCUGCUGGCCAUGGCGCAGGCCUGGAAGCAGACGGGCGGCAACAUUGCCGGAGGAGGAGGAGGAGGGGGAGGCGAUGGCGAUGGCGAUGGCGAUGGCGAUGGCGAUGGCGAUGGCGAUGGCGCGGCGGAAUAG